AUGCAGUCUUCCCCGACUCACCCCAGUCUGUUCCCUGCUGCUGCUGACCCAGGUGGCAGAGAGCCCAGGAGCUCCCGGCCAGCAGAGCAUGGCUGGGCCUGGGGUGUCCGCCAGCGCCUUGCUGCCCAGCUCCAAGAGACGGGGAGGCCUGAUCCCCAGCACCUGGACGCGCUCGUGGCAGAGCUGGUCGCUGUGUUUGCGAAGGUGCUGCAGAGGAGCAGCCGAAGUGCCUGGCUGCACCUGCUGGAUGUCCUGCAGCUCCUCAGCCCCUUCCGGGAGCAGCUGCGUUGCCGGGAGGAACUGCUGCCCUACCUGGAGAGCCUCUGUUACCAGUACCACCGCAGUCAGGCCCUCGUGUCUGACCUAGAUGUCCUGGGAGCCAUGGGCCAGGCCUUCCCCAGGGACCACUCAGAGCUGUGUGCCCAUCCACUUGCUGCACACGGCAGGGAUCCAGUGCCCCCAGCCAAUCUGCUCCCUGUUGGCUCCGAGCCAGCCUUCGCAGGGCAGCCCUGCCCCUUUGUCCUAGAGCAGGAGGUCGAAGAACCAGCAGCCGUGUGCCAGCCAGGCCCAGUGUCUUUGCAGGAGCUGCAGAGAUGUGUGGGUCUGGUGGGCAUGGAGCUGGCUCAGGACGAGACCCAGUGGAAAAGCGGCCUGGGCCUCAUGUCCCUCGCCCUUGGUACAGAGGUGCCUGUGAAGUAUUGCUGUGCCGAGCUGAGGCUCCUUCCAGAUCCAGGCCGAGAGGCUGCUGCACCCGCCCCACAGGUGGUGGAAGGAGAGCAGGGCUUCUCCUGGCAGUCCCUGACAGGGCUCCGGGCUGCUGAGAUUUUUGUGAGGAACAGGCACCUGAGGAAAAUCAACUUUGUCUACCUCAACAUUGCCCCCAACAGGCACUUCAGGCCCUACGACCUGGUUGUGGUUCCUAAGCGCCAGGCCAACCCCCAGCACUAUGUCUUCUCCCCCUUUGGGGUGCUCCACGUGCACCCUGAAGAAGGUGCUGAGGCCCUGACACUUGGAGAGUGGCACCGAGAGGCCACGCUGUGGCAGCUACUCCAGUGCAUCCCCUUCUUCAAGCACUGCCUCGUCCGCAAAGCCUUUGCCCGCUGGUGGCAGAAUGUGAAGCACCUGCAGCUGCUGAGACGCCAGGAAGCUCUGGGCAGGCACCUGCUCCUGGCUGUGCCCCACUUUGGAGCAGCGCUGCUCCACGUCUCCAGACUCCUGCAGGAGCUAAGAUCUGUACACUGGCUGCCCCAGGAUGACUCCAAAUGCUACCCCUUCCCGGAGCUACAGCGGGCCCUGGCCCAAGAGAACGGCCGUGCCCGAGGCCUGCUCAGGAGGUUCCUCACCCUCUGCUCAGCCAUUCUCGAGCUGGUGCGGGAUGACACAUACAAGACAGUGCACGGGCUGCAGACCCAAGUGCAGAGCUACAAGCUCUACAUCACCAAGGAGUCCCUGUAUAAACAGAGAGUCCACUACAGGGACCUGGAGAGGAGGCUGAAGGAAGCCGAGUUCUGGAUGCAGAGGCUGGGCAGCCUGGCCCAGCUGGUGAACCUCCUGACCUGCCAGAACCUGGUCUCCAUCGUGCAGGAGGAGGUCACAGCGUUCGUCAGCAACGUCAUGAAGGCCAAUGGUACCAUGCGGAAGGCUGUCCUCCGAGUGCACCUGGUGUUUGACGCUGACAGCCAACUGGUCCCCUUUCCCUCCAGUCAGGUGCUGGAAACCAGCCUGCUGGGGGCCCUGGAGGCCGUGGUGGAAUCUGUACUGCAGGUGACCCGCACCAGGAAAGAGAAGCCAGUGACCCAACCUGAGCAGAGUCCUGGAGAGACAGAGACUCUCAGAAGUCAGGACUUGGCGAUGGUGCUGUGCAAUCCCCAGCCAAGUGCCCUUCGAGAGGCAGAUAAAGGAGGCCCUGAGGCCCUGGCCCCCCAGUCCCCCGAUGAGCUGCUCCAGAGUCUGCCUGCUGAGGUGCUCUGUGGCCAGGAGCCACAGCUGGUGCACCAUCUGGAUCUGAAGAUCAUCGGGGGCCUGGAGGUGAGUGGGCACCGGCUGAGGAGCCAGUACCCAGUGCCGUCGAGGGAGCAACUGGAGCAGGACCUGCGCUCGGACAGCAGUAUCCAGGGGGCCCUGGCUAGCCAGCGGGCUUUGCUGGCGGAGGCACUGAGUGAGACCCAGGAGAUCUGCAAGCAGCACACGUGGGUGGCAGAGAUCCACAGCUUUGCUCACAGCUGGAGCCCCAAGCAGCUGGAGCUGAUGAAGGGCUGGCCCGCGGGCAAAUAUGUGCAGCGAGUCGUACAGCUGCGUGCCUGGGCAGAACGUGUCAGAGAGGUGCCCUCCAUGGUCAUCACCUGCAACCGGCUCCUCUUGGUGGAUUGCAGCAGCGUGCAGCAGGAGAUUGUGCCCCUGCUGGACUCCGUCAUCAAAGAGAUCGUCUCCCUGCUGUUGAGUGAAACGUCCCAGCGCAGCGAGAUCCUCAUUUCCGAGCUUGGCGGGGUCGUGCAGCUCUACCGGAGUGUCAGCACUGACAUCUUCACCAUCGCCAAGUGCUCCCAGAAGCUGGAGCAAUACCAGGGCCAGAUGACAGAGCUGCAGGAGCGUGUGGAGUAUGUGCGAGCUCUGAACGAGGUGAUCCGUCAGCACUUCCGUCCACUCAGCCUGGAUGAGGAGAACGUGGAGAACCUGCUCCUGGACACCUGGGAGGCCUUCGUGUACCAGCAGCAGGAGGCCUCGGACUUCAUUGUCUCACGGCGCCUCAGCAUCAUUGCUGAGCUGGUAGACUCGCUGCAGAGAGCCAGACAGGAGCUGCAGGAGUUGCUGACCAUGGCCACCACAGGGCAGUUCCUGGACCCCUCCCAGAGCCCGCGUGCAAUGGAGCAAGAGCUGCGAGAGCUGUACCGCCGCUUCCAGGCCAUGGCCACCCGCGUGGCUGAGCUGUGCCGCUCCCAGAGGAUCCUCACAGGGGAGCGGACAGACGUCUCCUUCGUAGCCAGGAGCCGGGGGCUCAUUGAAGCCCAUGAGCACGUCUGGAGGCUGCUACGCACCAUCUCCGAGCAGAUCACUGAAUGGAGGUGCCUCGCCUUCAGCAAGUUCAACACCCCCCUGGCCACGGAGAAGAUGGCUGAGUGGCAGAGGGAAGCGUCCCACAUGGAAAAGUCCCUGCCUGCCAAUCACCCCAUCCUGCAGGCCUGUGUGCACAUGAUCACUAGUUUCCAGCAGUUUCUGCCCCUGCUUCAGAAGCUGGCCAGCCCACUCAUGAAGAGUAGCUGCUGGAGGGAGUUCUUCACGGCAAUGGGAGUGAAGUGCCCUGUCAACCUGCAGUUCACGCUGGGCCAGCUGCUGUCCUACCCGCUACUGGAGCACAGCGACACCAUCCUCAAGAUCUGGUCAAGUGAGCGAGGCCGUUGCCGCUCCCUGGACAUCCUGCGCCGGCUGCAGAAGGCCUGGGCUGAGAGGCAGUUCCGUUUGGUCAACUUCAUCCUGAGCGUGCCCUACCAGGCCCCACUGCCCGACCGUGCCCGCCGGCCGCCCAGCAGGCGCUACCGCCCACCCAAGCAGGAGUACGUCUCCAAGGACAGCGGCACCUUCGUGCUGGCUGACACAGCAGAACUCAAGGCCCUGACGGAGAAAAGCCUGCUAACCUUGAAGAACAUCAUCCUCUCACCCCACGCCAUGGAGCUCCGGGAGGAGGCAGAGAGCUGGACCAGAGCCCUGCUGGAUGUCUGGGUCAGUUUCCAGCAGAAGUGGAUUUUCCUGAAUAUAGUGCUGUAUGAGAUGGACAUCAGCCUGCCCAGCAGCGAGCUGGAUUGCCUGUUCCAGAAGCUGGACAGCAGGUUCCGGGAGCUCAUGCAGGUGACGUCCAAGCACCCCCUGGUGCUAUCCAGCAUGAUGCCUAUGGCCACCUCCAACCGGGAAAGCCGCUUUAUGGGUGUGCCCCUGCAGACCAUGCUGAGCGAGGGGGUUGAGGACCUGCAGCUCAUCAUCCACGCACUGGAGUACGUGCUGGAGGCUACGCGCAUGGGCUUCCCCCGCCUCUUCUUCCUCAGCAACACAGAGGUGGUGGCUAUGAUGGCCUCACCUGCGGAGCCCAUGGAGGUGACCACCUGGGCCCGCCGCUGCUUCCCAACUGUGCACCAGCUGGCCUUCCGUGAGCCCUCGGCCACUCGAGACCCUGCCACCUAUGCUGUCCUGCUGCCCAGAGCAGAGGCCACGGGCCUGGUGGGAGCCUGUGGGGAGACGGUGCCGUUGUGUUCCCCGUUGCUCCUCAACCAGAAGGUCACUAAAUGGCUGUGCGCCCUGGAGCAGCGCAUGAAGGAGGCCCUCUUCCACCUGCUGCAGGCAUGCAUGGCCCAGCGCCUGGCUCUGCGGCCCCAGCUCGACGUGGCCUUCGAGCACCACCCAGGUCCCACCGAGCUGCCGCUGCACCUGCUGGUGGAGCACUGGGGGCAGCUGGCAACAGGCUUCCCGGCCCAGUGCGUGCUGCUGGCCGAGGAGGCCUUGUGGUUUGCGGAUGUGCAGGAGCGGCUCUUCGGCCCCGUGCGCAGGCCUGGCCUCAAGCUCAAGCACCGACUCAAGCUGGAGGCCCUGGCCCACUAUGUCCGGAACUACCGCAGCAGCCAGGCCGGGCAGCCAGGCAGCGGCCAGCUCAGCACGCUGAUGGGGGCCCUGCUCACGGUCACCGUGCGCCAGCGCGACGUGCUGGCCCACCUGCUGCAGCGCAAGGUUGACUCACCCACCGCCUUUGCCUGGGCCCAGCUGCUCAAGUACCGGCUGGUCCUGCACCCCGAGAGUGCCAGGGCAGUCGGGGCCCCCCUUGAGAGCUGGGCCGCCAGCCCCCCCGGCUGCUGGGCCGAGGUCCUCGACAUCCGCCUGCACUAUGGCUAUGAGUAUGUGGGGAACUGCCCCCACCUGGUGGGGGGCCCUCAGCUGGAGAGGAGCUUCCUGGGCUUACUGCUUGCCCUGGAGGAGUUCCGCUGUGGCGCGGCUCUGGGCUGCCACGGGGUCGGGAAGACGGCCACCAUGCAGCACCUGGCCAGGGUUCUGGGGCGCCAGCUCGUCACCCUGCACUGCUCCCAGCAGAUGGGCCUGGGCUGCCUCCGCCAACACCUGAGUGGGGCUGUGCAGGCCGGGGCCUGGCUGCUGCUGGAGGCAGUGGACCAGCUGGGGCCCGGUGUCCUGUCAGGGUUCAGCCAGCUCCUGUCAGACCUGCGGAUGCUCUGCAUGGGCCUGCAGGCGGAGACGGGCCAGGUGAGCCCCAGCCACAAAUCCAAGAGCAGGGACGGGGAGGGGCAGGAGCAGCCUGCAAGGGCCCUGCCAGAGCUGGGCCUGAAUGAAGCUGAGCCGUAUCAGCCCCGCGUGCUGGGCAACAUCCUCUUCGGGGAGCAGCUGCUGCGGGUCAGGGAGACCUACGGCUGCCUGGCCACCCUGCAGCGUCUCCCUGAGCUCCUGCGCCUGGCCGUGCGCCCCGUGGCCCUGCUGCCCCCCGACCUGCACAAGGUGGCCGAGGUGACCUUGCUGGCAGCUGGCUUCCGGGAAGCAGCACACCUGGCCAAGAAGCUGAGCUAUUUCUUCUGGCUGGAGGGGGAGCUGGGCCCGGGCCCUGCACCCAGCCGGCUGGCCCUGUUCAAGGGGGUCAUUGAGGCAGCCAUUGGCAUUGUGUAUCCGCCUGUGGUGAGGCCAGAGCCAGAGCCAGAGCCUGGGGAGCACCUCACAGCCCAGCAGUCGUCCUUUGAGAGCCUGGCUGAGGAGCCUGCCCUCAUCCAAGCUCUCUGCCUCUCGCCCUUCUUGUCUGCCCUGGAGGACCCCCGGCUGAGUCGAGUGUGGGAGCUGCUCCGCGGGGUCUUCCCUGCCUCCUGCUCCCUGGUCCCCGAGGCCCAUGCUCCCCCCAGGCUGCUGAGUGCUGUGACAGCACAGCUGCACGAGGACAAGCUCCAUGCAGACCCCGAGCUCACCAGCACCAUAGUGCAGCUUUGCCAGGCCCUGCUGGGCUCACCGGGGGUCCUGCUGGUGGGGCCCUCUGGCAGCGGCAAGACCACAGCCUGGAAGACCCUGGCUAAGGUGCUGAGCAGGCUGGCUGUGAGUGCGUCCUUGGAGCUGGCGCCAGGAGCGGGCAGGCCAGGCACUCGGAAGGAUGUGGCAUACCUGCCCAUCAGCACUGUCUGCCUCUGCCCCAACAGCCUCAGCACCGCUGAAUUCCUGGGCAGGCUUGAGGGAGGCAUCUGGAGGGAGGGCGUUUUCUCCAGGCUCCUGCAGAGAAUGGCUUCCUCAGCCCCUGCGGCUGGGCUGGGCGUGUCAGGCACCCAGCAAUGGCUGGUGCUGGACGGGUUUGCCAGCUCCGAGUGGCUGGAUCCCAUCUCGUCGCUGUUCAGCGCAGAGCCCACUCUCAGCCUGCCCAACGGGCAGCGGCUCCAUCCUCCAGAGGGCGUGAAGUUCCUCUUUGAGCUGCCUGAUGCCUCCAGCAUCUCACCAUCCAUCUCCGCACACUGCGCCCUCCUGCACUGUGGGGGCUCGUGUGUCUGGCGAGCACUGCUGGCCUCAUCCCUAGCCACCAUCUACCACACGUACAGCGUGAGCCAGGAGAGCGUGGUCAUGCUGCGUGGCCUCGCUGAGGAUGUCUUCCCCCCCACGCUCACCUUCCUGCAGCAGCAUUGCAGCUCUGUGCUGCAGCCUCACGCCGACCUGCGCAGCCCCAUGGCCUGGGGCAUCCCAGAGACCACAGCCUUCACCAGGCUCCUGAAGGCUCUGCUGGACCAACACCUGAGCCAUGACAAGGCGAAGGCCCAGCCCCUGAGAAGGGAGGACCAGGCAGUGGCUGAGAACAGCAGUGCUGGGGUCUCAGCUGCCCCUUCACACUGGGGCUUGGAUGAAGCUGUCCCACCCCAUCACCACCUGCUUGUCCGCAGCAUCUUCGUGUUUGCCUACAUCUGGGGCUUCAGUGGCCACCUGCACCCCAGACACUGGGCCAUCUUUGACAGCUUUGCCCGUAGAGUCCUGUACAGCAGCAGCUACACCAUAGAGCUGCCUUCAGCCGAUUCUGUCUUUGACCUCUAUCCCCAGCCUGAGGAUGGGAAACUGGAGGUCUUUGAUGGGAAGUAUCUGUCCGGCAGAAUCAAGGCAGUUCCUGAGAGUUUCACCAUCCUGCCCCAGUACGAGCGACUCCUCUACGUGCUGGACCUGCUCCUGGGCUCGAGGCAGCCAGUGCUCCUGGCCGGGGAGCCCAGCUGCGGCAAGUCAUCCUUCGCAGAGCUGCUGAUCCAGCCCAAUUACUCCUACCAUCGUGUCGCCAUCUCGCCUGCCCUCGGCGCGGACCACGUGCGCCGGCUGCUGGAGAGCCACAUCCUGAGCAGCAUGCGGGACAAGGCCCUGUUCACCGGCCUCCCUGGGUCCCGGCCCCCUGGCGCCAGGGGCGGGAGGAGCUGCUACCUGCUCCUGCUGGAUGACCUGCAUGCCGCCGAGCUGAAUGCCAGGCAGGGGAGUCACCCCGUGGUGGAGACCCUGCGCCAGGCCCUCUCCCACCAGGAGGUCUAUGGCGCCGAGAGCCUGGAGCUCCGACACAUCCCUUCAGCAGAGUUCAAUUGCUUUGGCUUGGUGGCUGCCCCAGCGAUUGGCGUGCACCCCCUCUCCCCUCGCUUCACUCGGCUCUGCAGCAUCCUCUCGCUCCCCAGCAUCUCCAGGGAGUCUCUGAUCAGCAUCCACAGCCCCCUGGUCCUGGCCUGGCUGGAGAAGUUCCCCCUGCUGGCCAGGCACAGCGAGCUGGCCACUGCCCUGGUGGGGGCCACUGUGGACAUGUACGAGGCCGUGAAGGCCAGGUUCCGCCCCUCCCCCGCCUGCUCCCCCUACCACUUCUCCUACCACCACAUCGAGAAGGUUCUCAGGGGCCUCUUCCUCCUGCGGCCCUGCCCCGGGAUCCACCUCACCAGCCCCUUGGAGGACCCCAGCACGCCCAAGGCUGCAAAGCGAGGCCAGCCAGGGAUAAGCCUUAGCCUCACGCUGAGCACCCGGGUCAUCGUCCGCCUGUGGCUGCACGAGUCGCUGCGCACCUUCUGCGACCCGCUGCUGUCGGAGAGCGAGCGGCAGGAGAGCGGGCAGCUGCUGCUGGACGUGGCUACCAGCACCUUCUGCACCAAGAGGAGCGUGCUGAGAGUGAUCUCCACCAGCGACAGGGAGCCGCAGCAGCGCGAGCGAGCCAGGAGCGUCACGGAGCCUGCCAGGCAAGACGCUGCCAUGGAGCUGGGAGCUGAGGGCCACGAGGAGCCUUCCUCGCAGAGCAGCAGCGACGGGGACUGCCCAGACGCCUUCGAUCCCAUAGACCAGGCCCCCGCCCUGGCCCUGGACCGGCCAGACGCAGCGCCCUCUGGGGACUCUGCCCUGGGCGCACUGGAGCCCGAGGGGGCAGAGGUGACUGGGAUGAGGAGAAUGGCUUCCAUCCAGCCCUCUCCAGCCCUGCGCCCUCGCUUCCAGGAGCAGCACCUGGCCAUGGGGCGCCGCACCAGCACCCGCCGAACCACCCCUCUGAAGAGCAAGCGCAGGCCCUCCACCAAGAAGGAGAACAUCAAGCCCCUGCUGCCCUCCCACCUCCUGCUGCUGCCAGGGGAGGACGUGCGCAACAUCCUCUUCAGCAGGGAGCUGGCGCCGGCCUCCUCCAGCCGGGAGAGCCUCUACCACGAGAGGUGCUGGGACGCCAUCCAGCAGCAGCUCAGCACCUUCCUCCCCAGGGGCUUUGUGCUGUGCAGAGAAGUCACCCAGCACCUGGUGCGCCUGCUGAGGGUGCUGUGCUGCCCAGAGGGGCACGGCGCCCUCCUCUCCCUGCACCUCUCCACCGGCAGGAGGUCCCUGGUGGCUGUGGCUGCCCAUGCCACUGCCUCCCAGCUCUUUGAGCUGACGGGGCAGGCGGGGGAGUGGGAGGUGAGGGAGCUGAUCAGGAAAGCCAGCUGGCAGGCUGGGAUCCUGGACAAGAGAGCCGUGGUGCUGGUGCACCAGGGGGUGGGGCCGGGCACCAUGCAGAAGCUGGUGGAUCUGAUGAGAGAGGGCACCUACCCUGGCCUGUACACCGCUGAAGACACUGCACACAUCGUGAAGGAACUGCUGCAGGAGAACCAGAACAUCAAAAGAACGAUGAGGCCUAACAUGGUCCUGCAAAGGUUCUACCAGUUUGUGAGGACCAAUCUGCACAUGCUGCUUCUGCUGGAUGGGCGCAAGGGCUGGGCACAGGGCAGGGGGCCCUUGGGUUACCCCACAGCCAUGGCCACAGCCCUGCUCACCCUCCCCUGCAGCAUUGACGUGUACCAGCCCUGGAGCCAGGAGUCCCUGGUGCAGGUGGCUACCCAGCACCUGGAAGAUGCCCUCAGCCAACAGCCCCUGAAGAGCCCAGGUGAGGGCUCGGUCUGCCUCUGGGGUCUCAGCCUCUCCUGGAUCAUGGCGGCCGUGCAGCCGGCAAAGGGCCAGGCCCACCUGGGUUCGGCACAGAAUACAGGCACCAAGUGCCUGGCCCUUCGUGCUGGCCAGCUCCAACCCAUGGGCCCGGCUGCCUCCUCUCCACAGUCUCUCAUGGUGUCCACUUGUUUGUCAGUCCCAGCAUCACUGCAGGCCCUGGAGAAUUCGCUUGCCAGCAUUGCCUCAGCUAUGGCGCUGAUUCACCGCUCAGCCAGCUGCUAUGCCACACACCUGGCCCCCGGCACACCCCUCGUCACCCCAAAGACCUUCCUAGAUUUCCUUGACGCUUUCCUCAUGCUCUCAGCACAGUUGCAGAGGCAGAGCCGGACUCAGGCUGAUCGGAUGAAGCUUGCUCUGACCAAGAUGCAGGCAGUGAGUGAGAAGCAGCGGGAGCACAGCCGGGACAUCAAGUACCUGCAGGAGAAACUUCGCAUGGCCAAGGAGCAAGUGGCCAGGUGCCAGCGGCGGGCAGAGCGCGAAGAGGUGGUGCAGAAGCAGCAGGAGCAGGACUGUCAGCACCGCGAGGCACGCAUCGAGAUCCUUACGCAGGAGCAGCACCUCUUGGAGCAGAGCAAGGAGUCUGCCACGAGAAAGAUGAACACGGAGUACAAGGCGGCACUGGCUGGACUGCAGGUGCAGGACAUUGAGGAGUUGCGGAGCUACCGUUUACCACCAGCAUCCAUCCUCAGGGUGACGGAUACCCUGUGCAUGAUGUUCAGCAAGGAGCCUGGCUGGGAGAGUGCCAAGCAGCUGCUGGGCCAAGAGGACUUCUACCAGGAGCUGCUCUUCUACCCGAAGGACGAGCUCCCCAACGACCUGUUCCAGGCUCUGGGCCAGGUGGUGUCGGACGAGAGCUUCUGCGCUGCCUCCCUGCAGAGCGUCAGCAAAGCCGCGGCUGCCCUGUGCCAGUGGAUCUGCGCCAUCUACUGGUACCACCGGGCUCUGCGCAUUUGGGAGCCCACCUUGAUGCAGCUGCAGCACUGCAAAUUCCAGAUUCGGGCGGAGAAGGGGCGGCUGGGCGACCGGCGCCUGCAGGCUGAGAAGCUGAAAGAGUUGAGCUCGAGCUGGGGCUUGGAGCUGCUGCAGGCCACCGAGCAUCAGGAGGCCCUGGCCCGCGAACUCAGUCAUGUCCUGCAGGAGAAGGAGAAGGCUGACACCGUUGAGAGCUCCGUGGCAAUGCACGUGGCCAACUGGACAGCGGCUGUGAAGCACUUGGAGCAGAACUGCAACACGGCCCAGGGGGACGCACUCCUUUGUGCAGCCGCUCUCUCCUACAUGGGUGCCUUCCCCCCGCCGCGGCGCCAGGAGCUGCUGGAGAAGUGGCAGGAUAUCUGUGCCAGGCGCCAAAGCUCCCUGGGGCCAGACGACGUGCGGAGGUUGCUGGAGAAGGAGCUGCCCUGCCCUGGCCCAGCCCCCCGGGGCCCAGCCCUGCUGCCUGUGCGCCAGGACUUCAGCUUGCUGGCCCUGCUGAGCUCAGAGAGGGAGCAGCGUGCCUGGGACAGGGACCAGAAGCCGCAGGACUCGGCCGGGCGCCAGGCCGCCCUGCUGCUCCGCGCAGACACUCACGCCUGCUCCCGCUGCUGGCCCCUGCUGCUCGACCCUGACCAGCAGGCCCUCACCUGGCUCCUCAUGGCACAGAAAGCGGAUGAGGACGAGUCCCUGCUCUUCGCCGGCUCGGACACGCUGUCCAGUGCCGAGGAGUCAGGGAGCAAUGAAGAGUCACCUGAGAAAAAUCUCCAGGUGCUGUCGGCUACAGACCCCAGGCUGGAGCACAACCUCCUGGCUGCAGCCAGCACCGCACACACCCCCUGCAGACAACUGGCCUCCACCGUGCUGGGGGCCCAGCAGAGCUCCCCAGAGACGGCAGGUCCAGGCCUGCAUUCUUUGAGUCAGAUGGUUAUUGCACGCCGGGGCCUGUCACCUCCAGGAGGGCUGCCCAUCCUGCUCCUGGACUUUGAGAGGAGUCCCUGCUGCCCGGCUCUCCUGCAGCUCCUGCAGAAGGAGACGCUGCUGGGGGCGGGGGGCUGCAUCCUGCACUCCGAAUCGCUCGGGGUGGUGCACGUGCUGCCCUCUUUCCGGCUCUACCUGAGCACCACCCUGCCGCUCCGUGCCUUGGGGAAAGAGAUGGACCACGCCCUCCUGAAGGGCCUGACUAUGAUUGACUUGAGCCUCAGCCAGUCAGCGCUGGAGGAUCUGCUGCUGGAGGAGGUGCUGCACGCCGAGAGGCGGGAGGCCCAGACCCAUUGGCGCAUGCUGCAGCUCAGCAUCCUGCAGCUGGAGGACAAGCUGGAGGACACAGAGGAGGAGUUGCUGGAGCUGAUCUCGCAGCCGUCGCGCCCCCUGCUAGAGGCGGAGGAGGACUUCCUGCCCCUUGUGCGGCUGCUGCAAACCCAGCUUGAGGCCCUGCACGCCAGCCACCAGCACCUGCUCUCCCUGCGCCAGCACCACCUGGCCGUGCAGGCCCAGUACCGGCAGGUGGCGUGCCUGGGGGCGGCGCUGCACCAGGCCCUGCAGCAGGUGUGCCGGCUGCACCCCCGGUACCAGUGCUCCACGGCGAGCUGCCUGGCCGUCGCCCGCCGGGCCCUGCUCGCCACCAAGCGCGCCGACGCCUGCAAGCAGGAGGCGCCGGCGGCCCGGCUGGCGGAGCUCAGCAAGGGCCUAUCCCGCCAGCUACUGGCCCACGCUCAGCCCCGCCUGCAGGAGCCACACAACCUGCUCCUCAGCUUCCUGGGGGCCCUGGCGCCCCUCCGCCUGGCCGGCCAGGUCAGCUCGCUGGACUGGCUGGGCUUCUGCCAGGGGCUGCAGGCGCCUGCAGCCGAGCAGCUGCUGCAGCCGGCCAGGGCGGCACGGCCGGGCUGGGUGCGCGCCGCAGCUUGGCGCGAAUGCGGGCUGCUGGAGUGCCUGCCUGGCUUCCAGGGCCUGCGGGCCUCCCUGGCCGCGCAGGCUGCCCAGUGGCAGGAGUACUUUCGCCUGCCCGCCACGGUGGUGGGCCCCGCCCUGAGCCCCAGCCAUGCCCACCUCAGUCUCUUCCAGCGGGCCGUGCUGUGGCGCAUCUUCUGCCCCGAGAAGCUGUGCAGCACGUUCCAUGACCUCUCCACCUGCCUGCUCGGCCGCCCCAUUGCCGAGGACGCCAGCUACAGCGCGGCCACCCUCUACACCUGCAGCCAAACCCGCCUGCCCCUGCUCUUCCUCACCCCGCCCGGGGGCUCGCCCGGCGCGGCCACACACCCGCUGCACUGGAUCCGGCAGAUGGCCAAGCAACGGCACUGCCGGGGCGUCGUCGUCGUCUCCUUGGGCUCCCCGGGCUGCAUGCGCCAGGUGGGCGAAGCCCUCGGCACCUGCCCCAAGCAGGGCCGCUGGCUGGUGCUCAACAACUGCCACCUCCAGGAGCACUGGCACCCAGAGGUGCUUGCACAGCUCAGCAAGCUCCAGAGCCCCCCCGAAGGGGCGGGGAAGGCCCCGGAGCCGCAGCUGGCAGACGUGAAAGGGGACGAGAUCCACCCCAAGUUCCGCCUCUGGCUCAUCGCUGGUGCCACGGGGCCUGUGCCAGGCCCUGUGCACCGCCAUGCAGUGACGCUGUUCUGUGAGACACCCCAGGAGCUGAAGAGCAUCCUUCUGCGCAGCUACAGCCAGGUGCUGGGCCAGCCGGCGUGGGACGCCGCCCCGGAGCGAGGGCUGGCCCUGCUGGUGCUGCACGCUGUGCUGCUGCACCGCCAGCACUACGGCCGCCUGGCCCAGGCCCGGCUCUACCCCUGGAGCGAGGCAGAGCUGUUCACGGGCCUGCGGCUGCAGGAGCAGCUGGCGAAGGCGGUGUCCAACCCUGAGGAGGCCAUGCAGGAGCUGGCAGGGUCGAUUCUCUACGGCGGUUACAUCCUGGAUGCUGGGGACGCAGGGGCUGUGCAGAGCUUGAGCCAGCAGUGCUUGGGCAGUGCCCCACACCUGCUGCCCCCCCGGGGGGUGAAGACCCUCCUCACUGUCCUCAUCAGAGGCUCCAACCUGGCGCUGUCUGAGGAGGACGUGAUCGCAGACACCCGGGCUCGCAUGCAGCAGCUCUCGGCCCCAGCAGACCCAGCCUCCUGUGGGCUGUACGAGGGGCUACAGCAGCAGCUGUUGGAGAGCCAGAGCCGGAGCCUGCUCGCAGACCUGCUGCGGUCCCAGGACCUCUGGCAGCCAAGCCCCCCGCCGAGCACCCAGCAGGAGGCCUUGGGGCAGCUGGUGCAGCAGGGGCUGGAGGUGGUGCAGGCGCUGCAGGACACGCUGCAGCAGCGAGGCUGGGAGGUGGGGGCCAGGGGGCGGCUCCCAGGUGGGCGCACACGGCCAAAGCCCCGGCCCCUGCUUCGCUUCCUGCUGGAGGAGUGUGGCAGCUUCCUGGCCCUGCUGCAGCAAGUGGGCCGGGACCUGCGCUGUGCUCAGGAGCAGCUGAAGGGGCGGCCCUGCCAGUCCCCACGCUGCUCCACCAUCCUGCGGGCACUGGAGCGGGGACGCCUCCCCCGCCCUUGGCUGCCCUAUGUGCCCACGGGCCCCCAGGACCCAAGCGGCUGGCUGCAGACACUCCAGUGUCGCUGCCAGCUGCUGUGCGGGUACCUGGGGGCGGUGGCUGGCCAGCCUGUGCUGCUCUAUCACCUCUCUGCCUUCCAGUACCCACGGCGCCUCCUGCUGGCACUGCUCCAGGAAGCAGCCCGGGCCGAGAAGCAGGACCUGGACCACUACCACCUGGACAAGCAGGUGCUGCCCGGCUUGCUCCCGCCCAGCUCCCCGCCCGAGAGCGGGCUCUACCUGACCGGCCUGGAGCUGCACAACGCCCUGUGGGACACACGCUCAGCCCUGCUCCAGGAGACGCUCUCGUCCCAGCCCUGCCUGCUGCCCACCGUCUGGGUGCAGGCUGUGCGGGAGGCCUGGCGCGCUCACAGGCCCAACACCACCCUGCCGCAGUACAGCUGCCCCAUCUACCUGGGCCUGCCUCAGCAGCCCGUGCGCUUGAGCAGCCAGCGGGCUCUGACGCACCUGGCGCUGCCCUGCAAGAUGCCUCCCGCCCUGUGUGCCCAGCGCCGAGUGCACAUUGUCAGCACGCUGCCCGGCCUGGGAUAA